CCACUCAGACACGCACACAGUGAAUGUACUAUCCACGCUGCUCCCUUUCGGCACUUUAAUACAGAUGAGCGGAUAUUUCUAACCUCUGCACACACAAAAAAACGAAUGAAUUGAGGCCCAAACAAAGAACAAAAACCACUGUCAAUCUUCAGCAUCUCCAUCUUAGCUUCAACUCCUCUUGAAAGGUUUUUUCAGGCAACAAUUCUUCCACUUCCUUCAAGUCUCCGGCUUCCCCGACUUCCCCUACCACCCUCGGCCUCCCCGAUGCCUAAAAACAGCAAGGUGACGCAGCGCGAGCAAAGCCAUGAGCACGUCACAGAGUCGGUGGCUGACCUGCUCGCGCACGAGGAGCCACUGGACUACAAAAACAGCUCGUUGAAUGUCGGCGCGGCGGCCGGAAAGAAAGCGCCGCAGAUAGAGGUGCCGGAAAAUGACGGACGCCCAGCCUGGAACAGCAAGCUGCAGUACAUCCUGGCGCAAGUUGGCUUCUCUGUGGGCCUUGGGAACGUGUGGCGCUUCCCUUACUUGUGCCAAAAGAAUGGGGGAGGCGCUUAUCUCGUCCCUUACUUCAUUCUCCUGCUUGUUAUUGGCAUCCCACUCUUCUUCCUUGAGCUGGCUGUGGGUCAGAAGAUCCGGCGCGGGAGUAUCGGGGUGUGGAACUACGUCUGCCCACGUCUAGGCGGGAUUGGGAUGUCGAGUUUGAUGGUGUGUGGAUUUGUGGGGCUCUACUAUAAUGUGAUUAUAGGCUGGAGCAUCUUCUACUUUUUCCAGUCCUUCCAGUAUCCACUGCCAUGGAGUGACUGUCCUAUUAGAAAGAAUGGGACACUUGCUAUUGUGGAGCCAGAGUGCGAGAAGAGUUCGGCCACCACCUACUUCUGGUACCGCCAGACCCUGAACACAACCAGCACCAUUGCAGAAAGCGGUGGCCUCAAUGUGAAAAUGACUUUAUCUCUGCUGGCUGCCUGGAUCAUUGUCUGCCUCGCCGUUAUUAAAGGGAUCGCAUCUUCUGGAAAGGUGAUGUACUUCAGCUCUCUUUUCCCCUACGUGGUGCUCUUCUGCUUCCUAGUGAGAGGUCUGAUGCUGAAAGGAUCUGUGGAUGGCAUUGCUCACAUGUUCACUCCAAAGCUGGAGAAGAUGCUGGAACCCCAGGUGUGGAGAGAGGCGGCCACCCAGGUGUUCUUUGCCCUGGGUCUGGGCUUCGGGGGCGUCAUCGCCUUCUCCAGCUACAACAAGAUAGACAACAACUGCCACUUUGAUGCUGUGCUCGUCUCCUUCAUCAACUUUCUCACAUCCAUCCUAGCCACGCUGGUGGUGUUCGCCGUACUGGGUUUCAAAGCCAACAUCAUGAACGAGAAAUGUGUUGUCGAAAAUGCUGAGAAGAUUGUGGAAUACCUCAACUCAAAUGUGCUGAGUCAUGAUCUGAUCCCCCCGCACGUCAACUUCUCUCACAUCACGACUUCCGACUAUGCUGAGAUGUAUCAAGUCAUCAAGACGGUGAAAGAGGGCGGCUUUUCCCAGCUCGGUCUGGAUCCCUGCAUUCUGGAGGACGAGCUCAACAAAGCCGUGCAGGGAACCGGUCUGGCUUUCAUCGCCUUCACAGAAGCCAUGACACAUUUUCCAGCUUCGCCGUUCUGGUCUGUCAUGUUCUUCUUCAUGCUCAUCAACCUUGGAUUGGGCAGCAUGAUCGGCACCAUGACCGGCAUUACAACACCUGUUCUCGACACCUACAAAGUCCAGAAGGAACUCUUUACAGUGUGUUGCUGCAUUGUGGCCUUCCUGUGCGGCCUGUUGUUUGUUCAGCGCUCAGGGAAUUACUUUGUCACGAUGUUCGACGACUAUUCCGCCGGCCUGCCCCUCACUGUGGUGGUCAUCUUGGAAAAUAUAUCGGUGGCUUGGAUUUAUGGCACUAAAAGAUUCAUGCAGGAUUUGGAAGACAUGCUGGGUUUCCGGCCUUACAUAAUAUACUUCUACUUGUGGAAAUACGUCUCUCCGAUCUGCCUUAUUGUGCUGAUCUCGGCUUCUAUCGUAGAAAUGGCUGUCAGCCCGCCAGGAUACAACGCGUGGGUGCAAGAACUGGCACAGGAGCGCUUCCAGAGCUACCCCACAUGGGCAUUAGUCAUGUGCUUUGCACUCAUUGUGCUGGCCAUGCUUCCCCUCCCUGUCGUCUUCAUCGCCCGUCACUUUAACCUGAUGUCAGACGGCUCCAACAAGCUGUCCGUCUCCUACCGUAAGAGCAUGAUGAAGGACAUCUCCAACCUGGAGGAGCAGGACGAGUCCAGGUUCAUACUGAGCGCCAAAGCCGGCGAUGGGCCUGCAUCAGUGGCGGCACGCAAAGCCUACCUGGCUCCUGGUGGAGCGAAACCCCUGGACCCUAACUCCUUGUCUCCAAAAAGCUGCUACGGUACAGGCUACCAGAAUGCAGCCAUCAGCCCAACAACACCAACAACGCCUACAACACCUGAGUCUGACUUUUGACUCUAUCAUUCACUAGUCCAGUUUACCUUCGCAAGGGGGGCAAUAAUUCCCUGCACUGCCCUCACUAAUAAACAAACAUACUCACCUAGCAGCAAAUCACUCAGUCCAUGCACUUAAGAUUUACUUUCCUUUGCCUUAGCACAAGGAACCUCUAAUGACACACCACUCACUAGUACUAAAGCAAUGAAUGCGCCCUCUGACAAAGGUUGUGUUGCACAAAUAAUGUCACGUAAUGAUAGUUGUAGUCCCCUCGGAACAGAAAAAAAACUUAUUGUAUAUAUUUGCAAAGCUCUCAUCAUGUAUCAUAGACGACUGUGUGCUCAUAUUCGCUCAAUUUCCUCAAAUGGUGACCAAGCAGUAAUUCCAAUCGAGUAUUGAGCCAAGAUGUGUAAUCAAGGAAAGAAAACAAUUAAGAAAAAUCCCAAGGAAAGGCACCAAAUAAUCGUGCAAAAACUAUAAAUACUUAGGUACCUUUUUUCGUAUUUAAUUAAUCUCAAUUUGAUUUAGGUAGUGUUAAAUUUGUGUCUUCAGACAAAAAUAAAUGUUCACAGAUUGUGCCAUUGAAUUAUCAAGUAACACACUUUUUGUGGAUCAUUUUGUGGGUCCUACUUGACGAAUUAUUGAUUCGAAUGCACAGAGUUCAGAUACAGGGAGGCCCUCUAUUUAUGACGGGACCAUAGUUUAAAUGGUAAAUGGACUCAAGACUGUCUUUCCACUUCCGAGGCACUCAACGUGCUCUGACACUAGCUCAGUUCAGGGGUUAAGAAUAGCACAUAUGAUGAACUAGACGUACAGCAGCAAGUACAGUAUGUCAUCAGUCAUCACACAGCAAAAAGAGCACACUCAGCUAUUUGCUGACUGUUUUUCAUUUAAUUCAUGGCCCAAAGUGUUAUUCAUUCAAAUAUUUCUAUAUAACUUUAGUACUUUAGUUUAGUUAGUUUAGAUUACUUUAGUUUACUUUAUUAGGUUAUGUUAGUGUAGUCAGCGGCGGUUCUAGGAUUUUUCUGAAACAGGGGCCAAGAAGGGGCCACAUGUAACCCUCAGGGGCCAAGUGUCUCUGCCAUUUUUGUUCAGUGUUUGUUUCGGUCAACAAGGCAAUACGCAGAUUAUCCUGCAUGUGUCGCUACAAACAUCUUUGCUUGACACUGUCAAGCAGAGACUUCCAACCAUAGACUUCACUAUCAGUUGGCGGGACACGAGGCUCAUGGCCGAUCCGUAGGGGGCCUAAUUUCAAAUAUUUAAAAAUCUAAUAUUUUCAAAACCAAAACCGCUAGCGACCUAAAACCAAAACAGGCACCUUCCUUAGGCAUAUAUGAGUCUCCAUAAGCACCGACAUCAAAAAAUUCAAAGUCAUUCCCUAAUAAAAUCCCGAUUAGUUUUUUUUAUACAGGUUUAACAAAACUUGCUAUUGCUAUAGACUUCUCAAAUUAUACGCUAGAUGCACAAAAAUCACCAUAUGUAGAGAUAAUCACCUAUAUGUUCGGGAUCAAUAACAAUAUUUAACACAUCAUACAAGUUAGUAAAAAUUUCAAGCUAAAAUUGCGCUAUUGUGUUAUCCAAUGGGGCGGCCAUCACAAAACAAAGCUUUUUAAGUUGAAAAGUCUUGUAAAUAAAUGUGGACAUCCCAGAAUUUUUCUAGAUAUGAACAAAGAACAAUCUAUAUUCUUGGUUAAAAGAAAAAAGAAAAAAAACGGGCAGUUAUCGUUCAUUUUACGUAAUUAUUUCAAGCUAAAAUUACGCUAUUGUGUAAUCCACCGUGGCGGCCAUCACAAAACAAAGCGCUUUUUAAAUUGGAAAAUUCUUUUAAAUAAACUCGUACAUCCCGGACUUUCCAUAGAUAUGAACGUAGAACAGUCCAGAUUCUUGUUUAAAAGCAAAAACAAAAAAAAAAGGCAAUUAUCAUUCAUUUUACGUAAAUAUUUCAAGCUAAGGUUACGCAAAUUUUUUUUAUGCAUUUUUUUCAAAACUUUUUAAAGUGCAUGCAUGGGGAUAUUUUAACAUAGACUUGAAUCCUCCACCAAACCACUAGUGACAUUCCUGCCUGCUUGUAUGCAGUAUGACAUUUGUCGUUUUUUUCACCUAAAUCAGGCGUUUGAGCACAGUGUGUGUUUGAGUUUAUCACAGCGCAAGCCAAACUCUGCCUGAGUCGGCCCCCAACGGGAAGGCGUGGCGCAAUGUUUGUGGAGCUGUCUUGUCAACAGAUGGUGAAGUCUAUUGAUGAACCAGUAAAGUUGGUAAUAAUGCGCCUUUAAUUAUAUUGUCUGCAAGUAGGGAUGAAAUACAUAGAACAAUAAUUUUAAUCACUUUUUUUUCCGAAGUCAUUUUAAUCACGAAAUAUUUGACAUACCCCAGAAUACACCCGAACGAUAUUGGUAAAAAAAAAAACUUUCAUUGCGAUUUUUGGGGAGGGGUUGCGAUAUUACAUUGUGAUAUUAAAAAUAGAAGAAUUUUCACCAGAUAACUUGAAUAGAUCUCUUUGGGGUAGGCUUGAACGAUAUUGGAAAAAAUUAACAUUGCGAUAUAUAUUGCCAAGGCUCCAACUUACUUUUUGCAUUGGUUACACUGGUGUGCCUAACUUUUUUCAUAAGCUGCACCAGCACAACAUGUAGGCACACCAACAUUUUUAAUUUCAUUACCUUUAACGCCAUACUUUGACUCACUCUCUGUAACGUUCGUAUAAUUCAUUCAUUCACAGCUUAUCCUAACGAGGGUCACAGGGGUGCUGGAGCCUAUUACAGCUAACUCCAGGCAGAAGGCGGGGUACACCCUGAACUGGUUGCCAGCCAGUCGCAGGGCACAUAUAGACACACAGCCAUUCAUGCACAAUCUCAGACCUACGGACAAUUUGGAGUGUUCAAUCAGCAUACCAUGCACAAUUUUUGGGGGGAUGUGGCAGGAACACGGAGAAAUAACAUGAAUUAUUUUUAAACAAGAGUAAUGUAGAAAAAUGCUUGUCUUUAUUAAAUACUUCAUUUAAUAACUUUGACGCUCAUGCUGCUGAGAACAGCCUCUCACAUACAAAAUGAAUGAAUUGCGACAGCAUACUUCAGACUGGGCUACCGCUAGCAUGUAACAAUCUUAACGAUGAUUAACACAUUUGUGCCUUUAACGUAGAGCUACAGAGUCUUCUCUGGCCAGAUCAAGGCUACAAACCUGUCAAUCAUCAUUAACCCUAUAUUGCCAAAUGUAUCACAUUUGAUACACCUAAAAUUUUAGGAUUUUGAGACUAAUUCAGAAUUUUGACAUUUCAUUUUGAGAAAAAAAAAAAUGGAUGCAAGUCAGCACAUGAAUCUGCAGGUUCCAUGAGAAAAAAAAAAAACGGAUGCAAGUCAGCACAUGCAUCUGCAGGUUCCAUGAGAAAAACAAACAGGAUUUAGCAAGGGUUGUAGAUAUCUGAGCGCAUAUUACACAUACUGUAUUCAUUUUUUACUUUUCUUUUUACAAAUUUGAAAAAAAGGUUUCAUUAGGACCUUAUUUUUCAAAUUUUGGGGUUCUCUGAUAAUUGCUUCAUAUUGCUGGCAUUAAAGGGUUAAGUUUAAGUACCAAACGACAGCUGCACUGAUGACCAAGAAAAACUGUUUGGUCACACUGCUGAGCAGGAGGGAGGGUGAGAGGCUGUGGCGCUGUAUGAGCAUAAAGCAGAAAAACAAGUUUGCGUGUUCAAAAAAUUUUUUUUUAAUAUCAUACGUGCUUGCUGUGCAAGUAAUGCGCAAUGCGAUGAUGUACUUCAAUUGAUAUAUCGUUCGGUCCUACUGUAGAAACAACAUUCUCUCUCACAGAAAAGACAGGCCCAAAAACCGCCCUUGGGUGAAGUUUCAAUCUGUGUACAAAUUCUGUCAUAAACAAAGGACCCCCAGGAUUGCGGUAAGCAAAAAGUUUGGCAUUCAUUCCUUCAGGUGGAGUGUGUCUAACAAGGCAUAGGUCACUAUUUGAGGGAAAAAAAAUAUUUCAUAUUGUUUGCCAGCAUUUAACCUGUGUACGUUUCGUGUUUAAUGCAGGGCUAUGUUAUCUGACACAAUGCACAAUUUUUAUCAUCACAUUCAUUCCACUUCAUCACAACAGGAGUUGAUUACUCACAUUUUAUACACCAAAGAAUUAGAAGCACACAGUAAAACAACUGAAAUGUGAAUGUUUAAAUGGACUCUGUGCUUAAAAAGAAAGAUAUUCCACUCAACUGUGCACUGAACGAUGCUCUUAAAGCUUUUUAAUUAAACAAUGACGCACAAAGUAUUGAGCCUAAUCUCUAAAUUGUGGUUGCAGCGCUGUGUCCACAAUGCAUGCACAAACAGUCCUCUGCAAACUCACAAAGGCAGUCAUCGAAGCACAAAUUCUAUUCAAUAUUAACAACAACAAAAAAACAAUACACAAAAACUGCAACACUUCUGCGUCAAUUCCAAUCAAUUGUAAAUAUUACAUUUGUCUCCUAGUAGCAUAAAAUACAGUGGUAUGAAAAGUAUGUAAUCCUUUAAGAAUUUUGUCACAUUUCUGCAUAAAAUCACCAUCAAAUGUAAUUUGAAAUUUGUCAAAAUCACACAGAUGAAAAAAACAGUGCCUGCUUUCACUAAAACCACUCAAACAUAUAUAGGUUUUCAUAUUUUAAUCAGGAUAGUAUACAAACAAUGACAGAAGGGGGAAAAAUAAGUAAGUGAACCCUAGAGUGUCUGCUAGAGACUUACAGAAAUCACUGGCUCAGUCCAAUAUCUCUGCACACAUCAACUGUAUGUAAAACUAUGGCCAAGAAGGGUGUUCAUGGGAGGACUCCACAGAGGAAGCCACUGCUGUCUGAAAAAAAAACUUUGUUGCUCGUUUAAUGUUCGCAAAAAGGCUCUUGGACACUCCACAGAAGUUGCAGAAGAAGAAUUUUGCAUACUGUCCUCACUGAAAUAUGAAAACCUAUAAAUGUUUGUGUGGUUUUAGUUAAAGCCGACACUGUUUUUUCAUCUGUGUGAUUUUGACAAAGAUCAGAUAACUUUUGAUGGGGAUUUUAUGCAGAAAUGUGAGAAAUUCCAAAAGUUCAAAUACUUUUUCAUACCACUGUUUGUCAAAUGUGAAUAGUAUAUUAAAGAUGGCUAAUUUCUGUACACACUGCUACUGCAUAGUUGAUGAUUGAAAGCAAGCACAUUUAAGCUUCUGUUAAAGAUAUCUUUAUUUUCUUAACUCAUAAUAUUCAAAGCUAUGCUGUUAUUGAAAGGAUUAUAUUUAUAUUCCUGUAUAUUUGCCGUGUAUGUAGAUGUGCUAAAUAUUAUCUGAUAGAUUAUGUAUUUUUUCAUCCCAAUUGUACAUUUAAAGACUUAUUUUCUGGUGUGUGUACAUGUUGUUGACACAUUCAGGCCCAACUUGACUUUUCCAUCUUAAAGAGCCAAGAAAGGCAAUGAUUGUAUUUAUUUGCUCAAUCCAUUAUCUUUCAGUGUGCUAUUAUAGGCUAUCGUCUCACAUGUCACUUUGUGUGUUUUUUUUUUUCGUAGCAUUUUCUAUAGCCUUUGCGAGUGUGGCAAAUACAGAUUGCAAUGUUUUGAAAAAAUGUUACAAAUUUGUUCAGAAUAUUAAUUUUAUUUAGAUGACAUAUCACUGUUUACUGGUAUGUGUUGAAUCACCAAAAAAUGAAUGUUAUGAAUACACAAGGAGAUACAAACGUACAUUAAAUGUUGUCUUCAUGAAUCUGUGCAAAAGCGAUGACAAAAUGCAGAAUAAAUACAACAAAGGGAAAAGGAUGAAAAGAAACAAUAUGAUGGAAUACUAUAAUACUAGAUACCUUUUCUUAAAUAUGCUCCAAUGUGUGUACUUUAUAUAAUUGAUUCCUUCGGGUUGCUGGAUCCUGCUGAGCACAAGUCUGUAGAGGGGAAAGCUUCCCUUAGACAGUCAUUCCAUUCUCCUCAGUGAUGAUGAUUGUAUUAUGAUGAUCAAUAUUGUACAUAGUGUGGUUUCACUAAAAAUACUACUAAUAAAUAUAAUGAAGUUGU